AUGUCGGCAGUGCUGCCACAAGCGCUGGAUCGCGCUGAGAUAACGAAACUCCCAAAAGCUGUUCAAAAUAAACUGGAAAAGCUCCUCUCUGAUCUGCAAUAUGAAAUAGAUUUCAUCAAGGCACACCAUGAGCAAUUUAGAGUCGAUAGUGGUAAGAAAUGGCUGAAUAGGUCAUUGUAUGUGUACAGCCUAGCUAACUACGUAGUAGGAUAACGUAGUAGGUUAUUAACGCGUAGAUGGCUUUGACCGGCAGCAUCGACAACUGUUUACUAUCUAGCUAGUUAGUUUACAAGGCAGAGUAAUGUGAUGGAUUCAAAAAUAGCUAGCCAACAUUGUUUAUCAGCCAUGUCUAAAUUGUUUUGCUACUGUAACUAGCUAGCUGUACUGGCUGACGUAACGUGGUGAAGGAAUGACUUAGUGAGUAGGGUAACGUUAACUCAGGGUCUCCAACCCUGUUCCUGGAGAGCUAACGUUACCGUCCUGUAGGUUUUCACUCCAACCUCAGUUGUAACUGGCCUGAUUCAGUUGAUCAACCAGCUAAUUAUUAGAAUCACGUGCGCUAGAUUGGGAUUGGAGCGAAACCCUACAGGACCUGGUAGCUCUCCAGGAAUAGGAUUGGAGAGCCCUGCGUUAGUUUAUUAAGAACUUCUCUACUCCCUGUAGCUAGCCAACUUCAUUAAAGUACUUUGAUUUAUCAUUUAGCCUUCAAGACAAGAGCAGCCAAGUUAACAUGUGUUGUUGUCACUCUUGCAGAACAACAGUUAUUUGAGAAAGUGCAGCGUCUUGAGCAGAGUCAGGAACAGUUUGUGACCCAGACUGAACAGCACCACAAACUCAGAGAGGAGUUCACCAAGAUCGGUAAGUGGAAUUAGUUACUUGAUCCAGCCAAAGGCUCUUUACUGACUGCUGCAUACAUGUAAACACUGGUGUUACUGACCAUGACUAAAGAAUGGGGGAUGACAAUCCACUGUUUAAUGAAAUGGCUAUUUUUUUCUAUAGAUGAAGAACUCAAGAGUUUACGGGAAAAUAAUAAAAAGUGUGAAAUCAACCAAGAAAAGUUUACAUCUGAACAGGUGAGACUCAUGAUCUUGUCACCUCUUUAACGGUUGGUGUUGACACCUUUUUGAGCUUAACAUUGACAUAAAUGUUAUUCUAGGCCCAGUUCUCUAAAGCCAAAGAUGAACUGGAGUCAGAGAAGCGGGAGCUUGUGCAUACACUGGAGAGGAGAUCCCAGGAAGUGGACUAUCUGAGUGGUAUGGAUGAAUAUAUGUGGAGGGAUACAUACAUACACACACUUUAUCUAAUGUCUAUGGGAUUUAUUUGCUCAUCAGAGGACCUGCAGCGCCUCAAUGACAAAGUGGCAGAAGUCAAUGCCACAAAAAUGGGGCUGCAGCUCAAGCUGGACGAGCUCGAGUCCUCAGAGGUCAACAUCAAGGUGAGCCUAUUUGAAUGUUCUGUAACUUAUGACCUUUUGAAUAGGACCCAGCUCUCAAGGAAGGUUUUGAAAUGAUCUGAUACAUCACAUGUGUAAUCCACACUGUUGUGCCUGGUACCUCCAGUACCGUGAGAAGCGUAUGGAGCAGGAGAAGGAGCUGUUGCAGGGCCAGACGGCCUGGCUGAACGGAGAGCUCAAGGCUAAGAGUGAGGAGCUGCUGGCCAUGUCACGCCAGAAGGGCAACGAGAUCCUGGAGCUCAAGUGCAGCCUUGAGAACAAAGAGGAUGAGGUAUGACCAAGACUAGCCCAAUAAUGGACUAAAGGAGCCUAAUGUUAGUCCUUAUAGGCCAAGGACCUUACAUGUUCUGUUAGAGGUGAAUUGGCUCUGGAAGCCAAAACAGCCAAAUACUCCAUCUAAACGUGAAUUGAUUCUCAAUUGCAGUACGGUUCUAGAAACAUGAGUCUACUUUCAUAUCACAUAAAAAUAAUUUCACAAAUGCUAAAUGUACACUUACUGUGAACUGUUUUAACCGGUUUUACCAAAGUUGCAGCUGACAGUAUUUUACAUUGACAACAUGUUUGUGGUGUCAGUCUUCCGUUUACACACAGGUGUUCGGAGACUGACACCUAAUUAGCACUGGUAGUCCAACUCUGUCUCCCGUCAGUUUUCUGUAAACAAGCGCUGUAACGUGGAAAUAUGGCCGUGUGGGAACCAUACCGCUAUAAAGGUGUGUCGUAAUUUAACCAUUAGUUUUUAGAAAAUUAUUUAUCACGGAUAUGAAAGAUACGUUCCUUAUGUUUCCAAAACAGUACUGCAAGCGAUGCGCGAUAACGUUUAGAGCAAGCAUCAGGGCUCUUAACUAAACUUCCCCGGCCAGAAGAUACUAUCGUCAAUAGGUGUUAAAGCAAGUUAUACCAUGGCAUUGUUGAAUACUCAUUUCUGAUUGGCUUGAAGGGCGUUCUAGAGCGUACAUUAUGUCCCUAUAAGGCACUUUAUAUCAGCGCGGUAGAAUUCAAUGGCUAUAGUUAAUUCUGAUAUGUUCUAUUGAGCUGUUUUUUUUUAAAGCAAAAGUCGAAUUGAAAACAUAUUGACAUUGUUGAAUUCGAUUUUCAUAAUAGCAAGCUAGGACUUGAUGGUUUAGUUAACUAAACUAGCAAUUCUGUUUGUUUGCUUACCAAGGCAACUACUGUAGCUAUCUAGUAAACUUGCUAGCUGCUUCAGUGGAUGUUGAACACAUUUCUACCUGCAAAUGAACACAUUUCUUGUGCCAAAUGUGUUAAAUUAUAGCCCUGGUAUAAAAGGGAUAAUCCACUCGUGGAUCUAUGCGUUCUCUGGAAAAUAAUGCCACUCCGUGGAAGGUCAGUUCUGUUCCGCUAGCGCCUCAUGGAACACACCUUCCACAGAGUUCAUUAUUUUCUAGAGAAAGCAUAGCUCCUCGUUGAUUAUCCCUUACGUAGUUAGUGUCUAAAACAAAAAAUCUUUGUAUCACAAAUAGUUAUUACAUUUUACAUUUUAGUCAUUUAGCAGACACUCUUAUCCAGAGCGACUUACAGUUAGUGAGUGCAUACAUUUUUCAUACUGGCCCCCCGUGGGAAUCGAACCCACAAAUCUGGCGUUGCAAGCGCCAUGCUCUUCCAACUGAGCUACACAGGACUAUGUGAAUGUCUCUAAACUAUUACCCCAUUUACUGUGUCAACAUUAUGUUUUUGGUUGUUUUUUGUAGAUGAACAGAGUCCAGGACCAAGUGAACAGUUUAAAGACUUCAAAUGAAAGCCUUCAGAAGCAGACUGAAGACAUGAUCAUCAAACUGAAAGAGGCUAAGGAGCAGCACGCUAGCAUGGAGGACAAGUUUAGGAAUGAGCUGAAUGCCAACAUAAAGCUCUCCAACUUGUACAAGGUAUGUAGAACAAGUCUUGGAUUUGCUUUGGAUUCCAAUGAAUACUCUAUAGCUCUCAAAGGCAGUCAUCAUUGCAGACGUUGCUUCUUUGAUCGUUGCAUUUUUGUGCUUUUCAAAUCAAAUGUAUUUGUCACAUGCGCCGAAUACAACAGGUGUAUACUGUACUGUGCAAUGCUUACUUACGAGCCAUUUUUCAACAAUGCAGAGUUAAAAAGAAAGAACAAUGUGCACACAAAAAAGGAACCGGUAACACGAUAUAAUAACGAGGCUAUAUACAAGGAGGACCGAUACCGAGUCAAUGAGCAGAGGUACGAGGCAAUUGAGGUAAUAUGUACAUGUAGGUAGUGGUAAAAGUGACUAGGCAAUCAGAUUUGACCGAGUAGCAGCAGCGUAUGUUAAACUUGAAAAAGUGUGGAAGUGUGUCUGUGUGUGGCGUCAAUAUGCACGUGUAUGUGUUGGGAGUGUCGGUGUAGUAUGUCUGAGUGUGUGUGGGUAGAGUCCGGUAAAUGUGCAUAGAUCCAGUGAAAGAGUCAGUGAAAAAAAAAAAAAAGGGGGUUCAAUGCAAAUAGUAGCCAUUUGAUUAACUGUUCAGCAGUCUAAUGCAGCCUUUCCCAAACUCUCUCCUCGGGACCCAAAGGUGUGCACGUUUAGAUUUUUGCCCUAACACUACAUAAAAAGUAUGAUUGAAAUGAUCAAAGCUUGAUGAUUAGUUAAUUAUUUGAAUCAGCUGUAUAGUGCUAUGGCAAAAAACUAAACACGCACUCCUUGGGUUCCCGAGGAUCGAGGGAAACCCUGGCCUAAUGGCUUGGGGGUAGAAGUUGUUCAGGAGCCUUUUGUUCCCAGACUUGGCUCUCCGGUACCGCUUGCCAUGCUGUAUCAGAGAGAACAAUCUAUGGCUUGGGUGGCUGGAGUCUUUGAUAAUUUCUAGGACCUUCCUCUAACACCACCUGGUAUAGAGGUCCUGGAUGGCAGGGAGCUAGGCCCCAGUGAUGUACUGGGCCGUAUGCACUACCCUCUGUAGCGCCUUGCAGUCAUAUGCCAAGCAGUUGCCAUACCAAGCGGUGAUGCAGCCAGUCAAUAUGCUCACAAUGGUGCAGCUGUAUAACUUUUUGAGGAUCUGAGGGCCCAUGCCAAUUCUUUUCAUCCUCCUGAGGGGGAAGAGGCAUUGUAGAGCCCUCUUCACGACUGUGUUGGUGUGUUUGGACCAUGACAGGUCCUUAGCGAUGUGGACACUGAGGAACUUGAACGCAACCUCUGAGUGCCACUGCCAUAGAGGGAAAAACGGAGCACAGUGACAGUCAUCCUUGUGCCUUUACAUAACAAAAUCACAAGUUUCUAGACCAAAACCCAUUCUAACGCGAAUUGGCGCACAUGUUAUAUAAUUUUUAUAAACCAUGUCGCGGGAUGUUUUAAACUACUCGUGGGCCGCAAGUUUUUGGUUUGAUAACAAACUACCUUUUUUAGUCAUGUUACCUAGCUAGCUAGCUGACAACAUGGUACCCCUUGGCUAUGCACACAUUUGGAUGGCGCAGGAAAAAGAUGGAUGGCCUACUCAAAGAUGCUUCAAAGGUAGGAUGCAUAUGCCUAGCCUCAUCAAUGUAAUUCUAAGCUAAAUCUGAAUUAAAAAAUCCAUAUUCUUCUGGUGUUCCUUAAAUUCUGUUUGCUGCCUCACCUUUGGGAGGUAGAUGUGUGUGUGUGGAAGAGAGAAGGAAAGAGUGGUGUGUGUGUGUGAGAGAACGAGGAUGUGUGAGGGAGAGUGUGUAAAGUUGUCUGAAGAGUAGUCUAAAGAUGGUUUCAUAUAGGCCUAGUGUGUUUUCCCCUUACUGCCACAAUGAAAAUGCAGAUCAUUAUAAUUUACAUUCUUUACUACAUUCCUCCUGCCCACAGGUAGGACUUUGGAUAUGAGCAAAUCAGCUAUUUUCUGCAGUUGCCUUUUCUAUUAUAUAGUAAGAAGUGCAGUGUUUCCCCUAUAUUAAUUCUAAAUAGUUCCCGCCACUCCCAACAAUAUGAUGGUAAAACAUUUUUAUUGUUAUAUCAUUUUAAAAUAAGAUCAUCUUUGAGAACUAACAAUUGGCAAAAUAAAAACAAAAAUGUCAUGGCACGGGGCCCCCAUUGAUUUUGUUAUGAGUUAUUCAGAUAGCAUAAGAACACUGCAUAAGCCAAGGCAAAAUGUGUAGAAUUGCAGGAAAUGUGCUUUAAAACCAACAUUUCCUUUCCGCCCCAUGGCAAAAUGUAUAGAAUUGCAGGAAAUUUGCUUUAAAACAGCAAAAUGUUGUCUCUGCGGCCAAGAGGAUGAGACUGUGCCAUUGGCCACAGUCACUAUCCUUCGGUAUCAUGAUACUUGGCCUGGUAUCACAUCGUUAGUAAAAUGUUGGUAUUGUGACAACCUCAAUCCGAAAAUAUGCAAUUUUUUGUGCAGUUUACAUAGACCACAACAAGUGUAGACCUUACUGUGAAACGCUUACUUACAAGCCCUUAACCAACAAUGCAGUUUUAAGAAAAAUAAGUGUUAUGUAAAAUAAUUAAAGAGCAGCAGUAAAAUAACAGUAGCGAGGCUAUAUACAGGGGGUAGCGGUAGAGAGUCAAUGUGUGGGGGCACAGGUUAGUCGAGGUAAUUGAGGUAAUAUGUACAUGUGGGUAGAGGUAAAGUGACUAUGCAUAAAUAAUAAACAGAGCGUAGCAGCAGCCUAAAAAGAGGGGGGGGGGACAAAAUGCAAAUAGUCCGGGUAGCCAUUUGAUUAGCUGUUCAGGAGUCAUAGAGGUCCUGGAUGGCAGGAAGCUUGGCCCAAGUGAUGUACUGGGCCAUACGCACUACCCUCUGUAGUGCCUUGCGGCCGGAGGCCGAGCAGUUGCCAUACCAGGCGGUGAUGCAACCAGUCAGGAUGCUCUCUGGUGCAGCUGUAUAACUUUUUGAGCAUCGUGAGGACCCAUGCCAAAUAUUUUCAGUCUCCUGAGGGGGAAUAGGCUUUGUCGUGCCCGCUUCACGACUGUCUUGGUGUGUUUGGACCAUGAUAGUUUGUUGGUAAUGUGGACACCAAGGAACUUGAAGCUCUCAACCUACUCCACUACAGCCCCGUCGAUGAGAAUGGGGGCGUGCUCGGUCCUCCUUUUCCUGUAGUCCAGUCAGAUUAAUCCCGUAACAUUUUCCAGUCUGUGAUAGCAAAACAGUACUGUAGCUUAGCAUCCGCUUCAUCGGAUCACUUCCGUAUUGAGUGCGUAUUUGAGUUUUUGCUUGUAAGCAGGAAUCUGGAGGAUGUAGUUAUGGUCAGAUUUGCCAAAUGGAGGGAGAGCUUUGUAUGCGUGUCUGUGGGGGAGUAAAGGUGAUCUAGAGUUUUUUUUUUUGUGUGCCUCUAGUUCCACAGGUGACAUGCUGGUAGAAAUGAGGUAAGACGGUUUUCAGUUUUCCUGCAAUAAAAUCACCGCCCACUAAUCAAAUCAAAUUUUAUUGGCCACAUGCGCCGAAUACAACAGGUGCAGACAUUACAGUGAAAUGCUUACUUACAGCCCUUAACCAACAGUGCAUUUAUUUUAAACAAAAAAGUAAAAAUAAAACAACAAAAAAAGUGUUGAGAAAAAAAGAGCAGAAGUAAAAUAAAAUAACAGUAGGGAGGCUAUAUAUACAGGGGGGUACCGGUGCAGAGUCAAUGUGCGGGGGCACCGGCUAGUUGAGGUAGUUGAAGUAAUAUGUACAUGUGGGUAGAGUUAAAGUGACUAUGCAUAAAUAAUUCACAGAGUAGCAGCAGCGUAAAAGGAUGGGGUGGGGGGGCAGUGCAAAUAGUCCGGGUAGCCAUGAUUAGCUGUUCAGGAGUCUUAUGGCUUGGGGGUAGAAGCUGUUGAGAAGUCUUUUGGACCUAGACUUGGCACUCCGGUACCGCUUGCCGUGCGGUAGCAGAGAGAACAGUCUAUGACUAGGGUGGCUGGAGUCUUUGACAAUUUUGAGGGCCUUCCUCUGACACCGCCUGGUAUUGAGGUCCUGGAUGGCAGGAAGCUUGGCCCCAGUGAUGUACUGGGCCGUACGCACUACCCUCUGUAGUGCCUUGCGGUCGGAGGCCAAGCAGUUGCCAUACCAGGCGGUGAUUCAACCAGUCAGGAUGCUCUCGAUGGUGCAGCUGUAUAAUUUUUUGAGGAUCUGAGGACCCAUGCCAAAUCUUUUCAGUCUCCUGAAGGGGAAUAGGCUUUGUCGUGCCCUCUUCACGACUGUCUUGGUGUGUUUGGACCAUGAUAGUUCGUUGGUGAUGUGGACACCAAGGAACUUGAAGCUCUCAACCUGUUCCACUACAGCCCCGUCGAUGUGAAUGGGGGCGUGCUCAGUCCUCUUUUUUUUUUUCCUGUAGUCCACAAUCAUCUCCUUUGUCUUGGUCACGUUGAGGGAGAGGUUGUUAUCCUGGCACCACACGGCCAGGUCUCUGACCACCUCUCUAUAGGCUGUCUCAUCGUUGUCGGUGAUCAGGCCUACCACUGUUGUGUCGUCGGCAAACUUAAUGAUGGUGUUGGAGUUGUGCCUGGCCAUGCAGUCAUGGGUGAACAGGGAGUACAGGAGGGGACUGAGAACGCAUUUUGAGGGGCCCCCGUGUUGAGGAGCAGUGUGGCAGAUGUGUUGUUACCUACCCUUACCACCUGGGGGCGGCCCGUCAGGAAGUCCAGGAUCCAGUUGCAGAGGGAGGUGUUUAGUCCCAGGAUCCUUAGCUUAGUGAUGAGCUUUGAGGGCACUAUGGUGUUGAAUGAUGAGCUGUAGUCAAUGAAUAGCAUUCUCACGUAGGUGUUCCUCUUGUCCAGGUGGGAAAGGGCAGUGUGGAGUGCAAUAGAGAUUGCAUCAUCUGUUGGGGGGGUAUGCAAAUUGGAGUGGGUCUAGGGUUUCUGGGAUAAUGCUGUUGAUGUGAGCCAUGACCAGCCUUUCAAAGCACUUCAUGGCUACAGACGUCAGUGCUACGGGUCGGUAGUCAUUUAGGCAGGUUAUCUUAGUGCCCUUGGGCAUGGGGACUAUGGUGGUCUGCUUGAAACAUGUUGGUAUUACAGACUCAGUCAGGGACAUGUUGAAAAUGUCAGUGAAGACACUUUGCUCGGAGUACACGUCCUGGUAAUCUGUCUGGCCCUGCUGCCUUGUGAAUGUUGACCUGCUUAAAAGUCUUACUCACAUCGGCUACGGAGAGCGUGAUCACAUAGUCAUCCGGAACAGCUGGUGCUCUCAUGCAUGCUUCAGUGUUGCUUGCCUCGAAGCGAGCAUAGAAGUGGUUUAGCUCGUCUGGAAGUCUUGUGUCACUGGGCAGCUCGCGGCUGUGCUUCUUUUUUGUAGUCUGUAAUAGUUUUCAAGCCCUGUCUUCACUAGGAGCACUGCCUCUGGGUGAGCAUUUUCUUGUUUGCUUAUGGCCCUAUACAGCUGGUAGAGUGCGGUCUUCAUGCCAGCAUCGGUUUGUGGUGGUAAAUAGACGGCUACUAAAAAUAUACACUGAACAAAAAUAUAAACGCAACAACGAUUUCAAUGAUUUUACAGAGUUACAGUUCAUAUAAGGAAAUCAGUCAAUUCAAAUAAAUGUAUUAGGCCCUAAUCUAUGGAUUUCACAUGACUGGGAAUACAGAUACCUUAAAAAAAGGGUAGGGGCGUGGAUCAGAACCAGUCAGUAUCUGGUGUGACCACCAUUUGCCUCACGCAGCGCGACACAUCUCCUUCGCAUAGAGUUGAUCAGGCUGUUGAUUGUGGCUUGUGGAAUGUUGUCCCACUCCUCUUCAAUGGUUGUGCGAAGUUGCUGGAAACUGGAACACGCAGUCGUACACGUCGAUCCAGAGCAUCCCAAACAUACUCAAUGGGUGACAUGUCGCUGGAUAUUUCCAUUUUAGUCAUUUAGCAGACGCUCUUAUCCAGAGCGACUUACAGUUAGUGCAUUCAUCUUUAAGAUAGCUAGGUGGGACAACCACAUAUCACAGGCAUAGAAAGUACAUAUUUCCUCAACGUAGCUAUCAGUACAGAGCUAGAAGGUGGUGGUGGUGGGGGGGUCAAAUGCAAGUGCUGGUUAAGUGUUUUUUGGGGGGGGUCAAGGUGAGGUGGAGGAUUAUUUAAGAUACUGUUUGAAGGUAGGGUUUCAGAUGUUUUCGGAAGAUGGGCAGAGACUCUGCUGUCCUAGCUUCAGGUGGAAACUGGUUCCACCAUUGAGGUGCCAGGACAGACAAGAGCUUGGACUGGGCUGAGUGGGAGCUUCCCUCCCGUAGGGAGAACGGAGUGCUCGGGUUGGGGUGUAGGGUUUGUGCAUAGCCUGAAGGUAGGGAGGGGCAGUUCCUCUUGCUGUUCUGUAUGUAACCACCAUGGUCUGGUAGUGGAUGCGAGCUUCAAUUGGAUGCCAUUGGAGUGUGCAGAGGAGCGGGGUGACAUGAGAGAACUUGGGAAGGUUGAAAACCAGGCGGGCUGCUGCGUUCUGGAUACAUUGCAGGGGUUUGAUGGCACAAGCGGAGCCCAGCCAACAGCGAGUAGCAGUAGUCCAGACAGGAGAGGACAAGUGCCUGGAUUAGGACCUGCGCCGCUUCCUGUGUGAGGAACCUGCAGGAGCAGGUCACUGCUUUGAUGUUUGCAGAGAACGACAGGGUGUUGUCCAGGGUCACGCCAAGAUUCUUUGCACUCUGGGAGGGUGACACUGGAGUUGUCAACUGUGAAAAAGGUAUUUGAGCGGGCAGGCCUUCCCCGGGAGGAAGAGCAGUUCCGUCUUGUUGAGCUUGAGGUGGUGGGACGACAUGCAAGUUGAGAUAUCUGCCAGGCACGCAGAGAUGCGUGUCGCCACCUGGGUGUUAGAAGGAGGAAAGUAGUUGAGUGUCAUCCGCAUAGCGAUGAUAGGAGAGACCAUGUGAGGAUAUGACGGAGCCGAGUGACUUGGUGUAUAGAGAGAAGAGGAGAGGGCCUAAAACCGAGCCCAGGGGGACAACAUUAGUGAGAGUUCGUAGUGCAGACGAUAGGAGCGGCCUGCCAGGUAGGAUGCAAUCCAAGAGUGUGCAUAUCCUGAGACGCCCAGCCCUAAAAGGAGCUGAUGGUUCAGUGUCCAAGGCAGCGGAUAGAUCUAGGAGGAGGAGAGAGAGUCAGCUGUGGCAGUGCGGAGAGCCUCCGUGUCACAAAGGAGCAGUGACCCAUCUUCAAGCCUGACUGGUUAGUGUCAAGAAGAUUGUUCUGAGAGAGAUGAUGAGAAAGUUGAUCAGCGACCGCACGCUCAAGUGUUUUGGAAAGAAAAGAAAGGUGGGAUACAGGUCUAUAGUUUUUGACGUCAGAUGAGUCGAGUAUGAGUGGCACAGUGGUCUAAGGCACUGCAACGCAGUGCUAGCUGUGCCACUAGAGAUCCUGGUUCGAAUCCAGGCUCUGUCGUAGCCGGCCGCGACCGGGAGACCCAUGGGGCGGCGCACAAUUGGCCCAGUGUCGUCCAGGGUAUGGGGAGGGAAUGGCCGGCAGGGAUGUAGCUCAGUUGGUAGAGCAUGGCGUUUGCAACGCCAGGGUUGUGGGUUCAAUUCCCACAGGGGGCCAGUGUGAAAAAUAAAAAAAUUAUGUAUGCACUCACUAACUGUAAGUCGCUCUGGAUAAGAGCGUCUGCUAAAUGACUAAAAUGUAAAUGUAUUGGUUUCUUGAGGAGGGGAGCAACUCGGGCCAUUUUGAAGUCAGGGGACGCAGCCAGUGGUAUUGGCGGGAACUGGAACAUGCUGUCCUACACGUCGAUCCAAAGCAUCCCAAACAUGUUCAAUGGGUGACGUCUGGUGAGUAUGCAGGCCAUGGAAGAGCUGGGAUAUUUUCAGCUUCCAGGAAUUGUGUACAGAUCCUUGCGACAUGGGGCCGUGCAUUAUCAUGCUGAAACAUGAGGUGAUGGCGGCGGCGGAAUGGCACGACAAUGGGCAUCAGGAUCUCAUCACGGUAUCUCUGUGCGUUCAAAUUACCAUUGAUAAAAUGCAAUUGUGUUCGUUGUCCGUAGCUUAUGCCUGCCCAUACCAUAACCCCACCGACACCAUUGGGCACUCUGUUCACAACAUUGACAUCAGCAAACCACUUGCCUACAUGACGUCAUAUACGCUGUCUGCCAUCUGCUCGGUACAGUUGAAACCGGGAUUCAUCCAUGAAGAGCACACUUCUCCAGCGUGCCAGUGGCCAUCGAAGGUAAGCAUAUGCCCACUGACGUUGGUUACGAUGUCGAACUGCAGUCAGGUCAAGACCCUGGUGAUGACGACGAGCACACAGAUGAGCUUCCCUGAGACGGUUUCUGACAGUUUGUACCAGAAAUGCUAUGGUUGUGCAAACCCACAGUUUCAUCAGCUGUCCGUGUGGCUGGUCUCAGACGAUCCCUCAGGUGAAGAAGCCGGAUGUGGAGGUCCUCGGUUGGCGUGGAUUACAUGUGGUCUGCGGUUGUGAGGUCGGUUGGACGUACUGCGAAAUUCUCUAUAUACACUACCGGUCAAAAGUUUUGGAACACCUACUCAUUCAAGGGUUUUUCUUUAUUUUUACUAUUUUCUAUAUUGUAGAAUAAUAGUGAAGACAUCAAAACGAAUUAAAUAACACAUAUGGAAUCAUGUAGUAACCAAAAAAGUGUUAAACAAAUCAAAAUAUAUUUUAUAUUUGAGAUUCUUCAAAUAGCCACCCUUUGCUUUGAUGACCGCUUUGCACACUCUUUUCAGUCAUAGGAAACAAUGGCAGAAACAUUAUGUAGAAAAAAAGUUAAGAUCAGCGCAAAAAACACUAAAUGGCACAAUUGUUCAGGAGCCUGUAAAAUGGCUGCUAUUCCCUCCAGCGCCAUUCUACAGUUUUUAUUUGAAUAUUUUUGUAAACUUUUUUUUUUUUUGGUGUGGGUAGGCUUUUGAUGAACAUUUUAGUUAACAGGUGCAUGUUACAUUUUCCUGGUGGACGAUGUGAAGCAUUAAUAAGUGCAUUAAUUGUUCCUGGCCCAACACUGGCCAACAACCCUUUACCUUGUAUUCCCAGGGAGCUGCUGCAGACUCUGAGUCCAAGAGUGAGGAGUUGAGUGGGGCUGUAGAGGAGCUGCACAAGCUGCUGAAGGAUGCUGGAGAAGGUAAGAGAGGGAGACCAGAAAGACAGUCACACGCAUCUAUUGUCUCAAUGCAAAACUGUCUAACACGGGCACUUUAUCUUGUCAAAAGUAUGCUAUAACUUUAUUUGUGUUAUUAGUCUGAAUUCUCUUCUCCUUUCCUCUCUACAGCGAACAAGGCCCUGGAGGUGAAACUGCAGGAGAUGGAUGCCUGUCGGGACAAGGAGGCUGCUGAGCUGAAGUUGAGUAUCUCCAGUCUGGAGAAAGAACUGGACAACGCUAAUGAACUGCUGUCCGACACCAAGCUCAGAGGUCAGACCUAAGACACAAUCGCCUGGCUGUUUUUUUUUACUGAACAGUUGACUGGACUGUAAAAUUGCUUUAAUAGGGACGGUGUCUCCGAGUAAGCAUCAUUACCAGCAGAUUUGACGAACUGGCCACUGACUGAUUUGUAUUAGGAUGAUGGGGUUUCUUUGAUCAUGCUCUGGAGACUUCCAUUUGAAAUGGAGGAUGAACUUUGACCUGUUUGUAUGGUUGUCUAUUUCCAUGGCCUGCAGGUGCAGCCUCAGUGCUGUCAGAGGGAACGAUUACCACCAUGUCCCCGACUGCAGCCGCCGUGGCCAAGAUUGUCAAACCUGGCAUGAAGCUGACUGAGGUAAACACUAGAGAACGACCAGUGUGGAUUAUUUUAGUUUUUUUGGGUGUCAAGGAGGCCGAUGGCCAGUAUUUUAGGCCCAUAUUCAAUAUUUUUGUAUAUAGUCCCCCCAUUUUAGGGGACCAAAAGUAUUGGGGAAAAUAUGUGUAUUUGGUAGUAAAAAGUUUAGUAUUUGGUCCCAUAUUUGUAGCACGCAAUGACUACAUCAAAUUUGUGACUAUACAUAUUUGUUGAAUGCAUUUGCUGUUUGUUUUGGUUGUGUUUCAGAUUAUUUUGUGACCAAUAUAAAUCAAUGGUAAAUAAUGUAUUGUGUCAACAAAUCUGUAGAAUCACAAGCUUGAUAUAGUCAUUGCGUGCUAUGAAUAUGGGACCAAAUACUAAACUUUUUACUACUUUAAUACGCAUACAAGUGAAUUUGUCCCAAUGCGUUUGGUCCCCAAAAAUGGGAGGACUAUGUACAAAAAGUGCUGUAAUUUCUAAACCGUUCACCCUAUAUGGAUGAAAAUGCCCUCAAAUUAAAUCUGGCAGGCUGACCUCGUAGUUAUUGUAUCAUUUCAAAUCCAAAGUGCUAGAGUACAGAGCCAAAACAACAAAAAUGUGUCACUGUCCCAAAAAACGUUCAUAGCUCACUGUAUAUUAGCCUACUGAUCAUGUUAUCAGUAGAAGCAUCACUCCAGAAUGUCACGCCUGUAUGGAAGGACCUCAUAUAGGCAUUGCUGUUUGAGACUAUAAAAUAACAUCUAUUCAAUGCAAAUAAUUCCAAUGUAACUUCAUGAUUUGUGAUCACAGAUGCUUAUGAAACUUGAUUGGGAAAAAGGUUCUAUUUUUUUUUGCUUUCAGGACGCAUCUCUAAACAACUCAGCUGCCAGGACGAAAUUCGAAACAACUCAAUUGGCUAGUUCAGCUAUCUGUCAAGAAAUGGGCGUGUUGUAACUUGAUCCUACUGCUACAGUUGGAUAGAGCGAGGCUGUAACUCCGCUCCCUCUCACAUCUCUCUCCAUUAGUGAUGGGUAGGGUUGGGCAGUAUUAGGGCUGUUCCGGUGACCGUAUUACCGCCACACCGGCAGUCAUGACCGCAGUCAAAUUCCACGUGACCGUUUAGUCACCAUAACUAGGCUUCUCCAAAACUGCGCUUUGAUGCUGCUGAUGGUCAUUAGUAGCCGACCAAACUUGCUAACUGCCUGGUACUCAGCACUCUAUUGUCCCUCUAAUGACUCUGACAUCAAUGCAAAAAAUAUAAAUUUUCCCCUGCUCCUGUUCUGAGACAGGUGCAUGAUAAUGGUCCAUUCAAAAUCCAAACAAAUUUCACACAUAUAUUAUUUAGUAUAUUUAAAGACAAGAUUAAAUCAAGAAUAGUCUGAUGGGUGACAAUAUUAUCACUUGUGAAUGAUGCCCAGCUUAUGCAGUAAGGCCAGAAACAGCACAUGCCUUUUUUUUGCUACUUUUUCAAAUCAUAGUCGGACACAUCAUGUAGCCUAGCCCAUAGGCCUAUAUGUUUUGAUAAGGUUUGUAUCACAACUAAAGUGACCAAGUAACUUCUUAAAAUGAAGCACAUUCAUCCGCUUUACAACCGGUGUAGAGCGUAACUGGCAUAGGCGGCACACGAGUUUCAAGUUUGGGAAGAUAAUAUUCACCAUAAAAAUGCACCUUUAUAAUAAAGCAUUACAUGCAUAAUCGCAUUUGCGGGCACUUUUGAGAACGUGUUUUCCCGCUAAUUGAUAGCAUUUUGGAACAUUCCCACUUAUAGCCAGCCUACUGCAGUGUGCACAUUGCUGCGCUUAUAAUGUGAAGAAAUAUCCUAAUAGUUGAUCAACAUUUUAUGCCCGAAAAAUUGUCAACAGCUCCAGUCACCCAAGUCAUAGACUGUGCUCUCUGCAACUGCCAGAGAUGGUUGACUUCGCUCAGCAAAUGGUUAUAUUAAAAAAACAUGACGCUCAUAGUAUACAGUAUGAGUUUGAGGUCCAUCUUUCUUCUCUCCAGUUGUAUACGGCCUAUGUGGAGAGCCAGGAGGCGCUGCAGCUGCAGCGUGUGGAGAACAAGCGGGUGAAUAAGUACCUGGAUGACAUAGUGCAGGAGGUGGAGGACAAGGCUCCCAUCCUCAAACGCCAGAGGGACGAACAUGAGCGCAUGCAGAAAUCUGUAGCCAGCCUGUCGGCCAAGCUGGAACAGGCGGUUAAGGUGUGUGUUUUGAGUUUGUGAAUUUGUUAUACUGUACCAAAAAACCUGUACCUGUAAGUAAAACAUCUGAUGAUAUGUGAGGAUAAUUAGAAACAAAUCAGUCAACUCCUGAUUAAUGCAAGGUUUUGAACUGCACUAAAACUGCACUAAAUCAGAUCAUGCAGAUUGUCCAGCGUAAGUGAUAAUAAUGUAUUUGAAUUGUUAUUGGUGAACUGUACUGCGAUGUAUUUGACUUGGUAUUGGUGCAUUUGCAGAUGCCGUGCACUUAUGAGAGUCCACUAAAUAGGUUCUGACACACUAUAACUGGUUACUAUGUGUUUCAGGAGGUGCACCGUCUGCAGAAGGUGACUGACGAGGCCAACAAGCGCUCUUCUCUCCUGGAGAGAGACAACCAGAGGUCUGAGGUGCAGCUGGCAGACAUGGCGCAGCAGGUGGGACUCCAAACAGAACGUCCUGUCUUAUCUCUUUUAGUAAAGCCUUACUGCUUGUCCUAACAUCCCCUCUAAAACCUAAUUGUUGUCAUAGAAUUAUGUGUGAAAAAUCUAUACAAAUGUUGAUCAUAAAAAAGUGAAGGUUUUAGAUAUGACUGUUUAAUUAGGACAUAAUCAAUAGCUUUUGCACCCCCUACCCUAACCCACCAGAUCUGUGUCCUACUCAUUGAGCUGGAGGAGGCGCGUGGCAACCACGUUGCCCCCAACGAGGAGGUGAGCUCUGCUGACAUCAGCAGCACGUCGGAGGUCAUCACACAGCACCUGGUGACGUUCCGUGGCGUGGAGGAGCUCCAGCAGCAGAACCAGCGCCUCCUGGUGGCCCUCCGAGAGCUCAGCGACGCACAGGAGAGAGAUGAGACCGAGACCACAGGCACCAAGUGCGAUAUACUUAAUUGUCCAUGUUCUUUGCUGAUUAUUUGUUUUGCUUUCAACCCAACACCCCCCCAAAAUAAGUGUCUGAUUGUCCAUGUCUCCAUCCAGAAACAACCCUUAGUCCCGACCAUCCAAAAGCUUUUGUAGAUCUGACGUUGUUGGAUGAGUGUAAGCAAUAUGGUGGUAGCUCCUGCUCCACCUUUCCCUUUGGUUUCCCUGUGUCAGCAAAACAUUUCUGUUGUCUGUGGAUAAAUAAAGGUCAUUGUAUUCUCCCUCCAGGCGCGGUGAGCUGGAGCGGAGUCUGGAGAAGGCCCAGGCAGAGCUGGAGGCUCUGAGGGAGCAGCGGAGCCACCAGAUGCAGCUGGCUGAGUCUAUUGUCAGGCAGAGAGACAUGUACCGUGUGCUGCUGGCCCAGGCCACCGGAGUCAGCUUCCCUCAGCAAGGUGGGGUUCACAUACAUUUACUUCUUCAGGGCCUGAUGAGGCUAGUGUAGCAAAACCUUUGUAAAUGUGGGUGCAGGAAUAAAGCACGGGAGCAUAUACCGUGUGUAGGAUUUGGUUCUUUAUUAUUAGUCCGUUUUGGCCCGCCCCGGUGGAGAACUUUGGCUUGUGUAUAUUACCCACACACUGACCCUUUGACCUCUUGUCUCAGGUGCAGCACCCGAGGAAUUCUCCCUGACUUCCACCCCCCGCUGCUCUCCAGCUGCCACCCCCACCACAGCCACGCCCACUGGAAUCAUUACUAUGGCAACAGAGUCAACCGAGGCGGUGGAGGCCAAGGCAGCCCUCCGGCAGGUGAGCCCACACAAUCCCUCCCCUUUUUGCCCUGAGAACAGCCUCAAUUUGUCGGGGCAUGGACUCUACAAGGUGUUGAAAGCGUUCCACAGGUAUGCUGGCCCUUGUUGAUUCCAAUGCUUCCCAUAGUUGUGUCAAGUUGGCUGGAUAACACGGGGAGCUGAUCAGGGUGAAAAACCCAGCAGCGUUGCAGUUCUUGACACAAACCGGUGCACCUGGCACCUACUACCAUACCCCGUUCAAAGGCCAUGACAUAGAAUGACCAGAAUCCAGGUGAAAGCUAUGAUCCCUUAUUGAUAUCAGUUGUUAAAUCCACUUCAAUCAGUGUAGAUGAACUGGAGGAGACAGGUUAAAGAAGGAUUUUUAAGUCUUGAGACAAUUGAGACAUGUAUUGUGUAGGUGUGCCAUUCAGAGUGUGAAUGGGUGCACCGGUUUGUGUCAAGAACUGCAACGCUACUGAGUUUUUCACCCUCAACAGUUUUCCGUGUGUAUCAAGAAUGGUCCACCACCCAAAGGACAUCCAGCCAACUUGACACAACUGUGGGAAGCAUUGGAGUCAACAUGGGCCAGCAUCCCUGUGGAACGCUUUCGACACAUUGUUGAGUCUAUGCCCUGACUAACUGAGGCUGUUGAGUGCAAAUGGGGGCGCAACUGAAUAUUAGGAUGGUGUUCCUAAUGUUUUGUUCACUCUGUGUAUUUGCAACUAUCUGUCCUUCUGUCGCACCAAACCACCAUUUUUAUGAUGGCUCACAAAUAAUAUCCUUCAGUCAGGUUUAUACAAAAUUGUUGCAGUACUCGUAUCUAAAGGAAAGUCUUGUUUUGUGUGUGUAGUUGCAGGAGGUGUUCUCCUCCUAUAAGAGGGAGAGGUCUGAGAGUGACAAGGCCCUGGCGGAACAGACUGAGAAGCUACAGGAGCAGGUGUCUGACCAGAGAUCACAGAAUGCCAAGAUAUCCACCCAACUGGAGUUUGCUUCCAAGAGGUAAGAGCAUUGCACAUCGCUCUCAGGACACUACUCAAGACAAUGUCACAUGAUGUGGUAGGUUGUCUUUUUCUUUGAACUUGGGAGCAUGAAGAUAUUCCAGAAUAUUUUAGCCAAGUUUGCUUGAUAACUAACUGAACCUGCUUGGUGACGUACCCCCCCCCCCCCCCCCCCCCCCCCCAGGUAUGAGAUGCUGCAGGAUAAUGUGGAGGGCUACAGGAAGGAUAUUGCCUCUUUGAAGGAGAAGGGACAGAAGAUGUCUGCUGCAGCCCAGAAGAAUGAGCAGACUGUUCACACCAUGACCGAGGACCUGAGAGUUGCACAGGAGAAACUCAACAUGGCAGAGGUGUGUGUGUACCUGAUGUUUUGUGUGUCCCAAGCCUUUUGUUCAUUGUGUUAGACAAACAGACAAUACUUAGUCUCUCUCUCUCAUAAUCUGUGUUAGUGUUUUGUUCCAUCUUUCUAUACAUGCAUUACAUCUAGUUUCUAAGCCACAGUGAGUUGAGCUGAGACUGUUCUCCCCCAGGGUCGUGCUGAGAGCCUCAGGAAGGAGAGGGAUAUGCUGAAGCUAGUGGAGUCCAGACUGACCCAGGAGAAAGAGACCAUCCAGACCCAACAACGAGGACAGAACAUGCUGCUCACCAACCUCAAGACCAUACAGGUUUACACACACACACACUCCAUGUGCUUGCCUAUACACAUAAACACCAAUGUCAAGACAAUAGAAACAUCUCAAACUAACCACUCAUAAAAUUGUUGAGGCACUGUUCUCUCUGCAUUCAUGUCAUGUCUGUUCAUGUAACGUUCCACUCCCUGCGUGCUCAUCCAGGCCACAUUGGAGCGCUCAGAGACAGACACCAGCCAGCACCUGAACGCCCAGAUAGAGAAGCAGGAAAGAGAGAUCAGCCAGCUGCAGAAGAGACUGGAGCACGAGGUGGAGCAACGCCAUCUGCUGGGCAGAAACCAAGAUGUAUGUCCCUGAUACCCCUCAUCCCAGUGCCAACCACAACCCCCUCUACCUGGAUUCUAUCGAUUGUCCUCUUCCAUCUUUCCACUUUCUCUAAUAUAACAUUUAUUCAUUUUUCCCCAAGAGACUUGCUUCAAAAAGGCAGCAGUCAAGCAUUUGUUACAUACAAACCAGUGGAGGCUGGUGGGAGGAGCUAUAGGAGGACAGGUGCAUUGUAAUGGCUGGAAUGGAAUAAAUGCAACGGUAUCAAACACAUGGAAACCACGUUUGAUUCCAUUGCUUUUAUUCCAUUCCGGCCAUUACAAUGAGCCCGUCCUCCUAUAGCUCCUCCCACCAGCCUCCAGUGAUACGCACCAUAGAUAAAAUCAACCCCUUCCUCUCUUCUCUUUUUCCAGUUGCAGCUGAUGGAUACCAAGAGGCAGCUGGAGACUCAGACGGGCCUGCUCCAGAAGACCAGGGAUCAGCUGUGUGCUGCCCAGCUGGAGGUGAACUCUCUCAGGCUGCAGCAGGGCAGUGAAGAAGGCUGUCGUCCGUCCCUGGGCUCCCGAAGCUCCCCGUCCAUUCCCAUGGGCCUCGAAAGUAAGAGUACGCACAAUGUUACAGAAUCACAUCAACCUCAGUGCCUUCUGAGACAUCAGAGAAUGUUCUGGAACCACUCAUAAAAGUUUUUAUAGCAUGAGAAUGUUGGAAUGGCUUGAAUGUGGAUAGUACUCAGUUGGUGUUUUCUUCAAGACAGGCACUUACGCAAUUGCUAUUUUAAAAAUGUUUAAAUCCCAAUUUGUUGUCCUGUCUUCAAAUAGUCUCUGAUUUAUAUUUUUCAAACAGCUAAGUCUGUCUACAAUUAAUUGAUGUAGGCCAGUCCAACAUACUCUUACUCUCUUGUUUCCUUAAAGCUGUGGGAUGUUAUCCUGCUUUUCCUUGUGUAGACAUAGGUCAGGUCGGUGUCUACAGCCAUGCUUUCAUUAGGUCGUCUUAUGGUAUUUUAUAGGAAAUGUAGUAAAACAAGCUAAAUAAAACCCUCAAACAGUCCUGGAGGGUGUGUGCUUCUGGGGCCUGCACCAUUAGCAGUGUUAUGGCAGUGUCAUUAUGGUUCUUUUUUUAUGCUGCCCGUGCCAGCUGUGACUUCAGUCUGUGGCACUUACACCUCUCUCUUUCCCUCUCUCUCCUUACCUCUCUCCCUCUCUCUCUCUCUCCUUACCUCUCUCUCCUUACCCCUCUCUCUCUCUCCUUACCUCUCUCCCUCUCUCUCUCUCUCCUUACCCCUCUCUCUCUCUCCUUACCUCUCUCCCUCUCUCUCUCUCUCCUUACCUCUCUCUCCUUACCCCUCUCUCUCUCUCCUUACCUCUCUCCCUCUCUCUCUCUCUCUCCUUACCUCUCUCUCCUUACCCCUCUCUCUCUCUCCUUACCCCUCUCUCUCUCUCUCUCUCUCUCUCUCUCUCUCUCUCUCUCCUUACCUCUCCUUAACGCUCUCUCUCCUUACCUCUCUCUCUCUGCUCCUCGCCCCUCUUUUCAUCUUCACCCCUCUACUCUCACCUCCCCAGGCCUCCAGGAUUCAAAAGGGGUCUCUGAGGAUCUGCGUGGCUGCCUGAGGCAGGCCGAGACGCGGGCAGAGGAGCUGGCAGAGCAGCUGAGGACAGCCACCUCCAGCAUGGAGCAGUACAGAGCCAUGGCCCAGAGCCUAGAGGAGUCCAUGGAUAAGGAGAAGCAGGUCAGGACUCGGCCCUGGCCCCUUAACCCACUAGUAGAGUACCACCCCUUAGUAGAAUACCACCUUGGCCCCUUACUAGUGUACCACCCUGGCCCCUAACCCCUUAGUAGUGCGCUUCCAUAAGCAUUUUAGCCCCAAAUCUCUCUCACUCGCUUCCUCUCCUCGUUCGUCUCUCUAGGUGAUGGAGCAGGCUCGGUCCUCCAUGGAGGAACGUGUAAAGGAGGCUCAGGAGCAGCACCGUCAGCUGGAUAGGAAGCUCGUGGAGGCAGAGCAGGAGAAGCAGGGCCUGCAGGAGGAGAAGAGGAAAGCCCUGGCCUCCGUGGAGCAGCAGGUAUGAAGCAGAGGAACGUCGCUAAACAUCUAUGCCCUUAGUGAAAAUCUCCACACUGUAUAGUCUCUGGCACCCCAAUGGUGGAACAAGCUCCCUCACGACGCCAGGACAGCGGAGUCACUCACCACCUUCCGGAGACAUUUGAAACCCCACCUCUUUAAGGAAUACCUGGGAUAGGAUAAAGUAAUCCUUCUACCAACCCCCCCCCCCCCCCCCCCCCAAAAAAAAAAAAAUUUGUAAAGUGGUUAGCCCACUAGCUAUAAGGUGUAUGCACCUAUUUGUUAGUCGCUAAAUGUAUGCACCUAUUUGAGCGUCUGCUAAAUGACGUAAAUGUAUAGCUCGAAUGGUAUAGCUGAUACAUUCAGUAUUAUUUAACCACAUCCAGUACGCACCAUAGGUGCUGGGUUCACACAGUGCCGGGAUCCUCAUUGUUCCAUGUUGAAGAAAUUAACACAUCACUACUCAAUUCCUGUUUUCCUUAUCCCUGUGUGUGUCAGGUGGCUGAGCUGAGGAGGAGUCUGAGCAGUGUGCAGGCGGACCACCAGGAGGCGCUACAGAGGGCAGCAGUGGCAGCAGGCCAGGAACAGCAGGCCAUACUGGACAGCCAGGAGCAGGUGAGAGGGAGGCUUGGGCCGUGGCUAAUUGGCCCUUAUCUUGUUGUAGUGAUGUGCCAACUUUUCACAAGGCAUAUCUGACCAAGCUAUUUGCCACCUUGUUGCCCACUUUCCUGCUAUAGAACAUUACCUAGCUUGAUUGUCGCUAACCCAAGUAAAUGUCAACCAUGAUAAUGUAGCAUACAUUAUCAACCAUUCAUUAAGUACUGUAUUCCAGCUAGGUCGUCAGAUAAAGCUUGUCUGUAAUGCUGGUCUCCUCUUCUCCCCCCUCCCAGGCCAAGCUGGUGUCGGAGGCGCAGGAUAAGUACGAGCGCGAGAUGAUGCUCCACGCUGCAGAUGUGGAGGCCCUCCAGGCAGCGACGGCCCAGGUCCUGCAGGCAGCCACGCUCAGACAGCAGCUGGAGGAGAGGGCCCAGAGAGCCUCUGCUCAGCUGCUGGAGGCCAGAGUCUCCUGGGAGGAACAGGAGAAUAUCCUCAAGGUAGGUAAUAGCAGUCAAUUUAUUGAUUUGAUAGUGGUCAAGGGAAAUGUUUAUAUUAUGAAUAGUAGAUAUGGUGAUUGUUGCAAAUGGUUUGAUGUGUAGAUGGUGAUGGUUCGAAAAUUUAUUUUUACACUUUUGCUUUGAUGUUGGAAGCUAGCUAGUGAUUGUGAACUGCCACUCACGUUUGCAGGGGUUGUGCUGCUUACAUACACUACCAUUCAAAAGUUUGGGGUCACUUAUACAUUUCCAAGCAAUUUUUUGUUCAUUCAAAUAACAUCAAAUUGAUCAGAAAUACAGUGUAGACAUGUUAAUGUUGUAAAUAUGAUGAAGUAUGAAAAUGUAUGCACUCACUUAACUGUAAGUCGCUCUGGAUAAGAGCGUCUGCUAAAUGACUAAAAUGUAAAUGGCUAUUGUAGCUGGAAACGGCUGAUUUAAAAAAAAAAAAUUGAAUAUCUACAUAGGCGUACAGAGGCCCAUUAUCAGCAACCAUCUGUCCUGUGUUCCAAUGGCGCGUUGUGUUUGCUAAUCCAAGUUUAUCAUUUUAAAAAGCUAAUUGAUCAUUAGAAAACCUUUUUGCAAUUAUGUUAGCACAGCUGAAAACUGUUGUGUUGAUUUAAAGAAGCAAUAAAAGACGCCUCACAGGUCCUCAACUGGCAGCUUCAUUAAAUAGUACCCGCACAACACCAGUCUCAAUGUCAACAGUGAAGAGGCGACUCCGGGAUGCUGACAUUCUAGGCAGAGUUGCAAAGAAAAAGCCAUAUCUCAGACUGGCCAAUAAAAAGAAAAGAUUAAGAUGGGCAGUCUGAGAUAUGGCUUUUUCUUUGCAACUCUGCCUAGAAUGUCAGCAUCCCGGAGUCGCCUCUUCACUGUUGACAUUGAGACUGGUGUUGUGCGGGUACUAUUUAAUGAAGCUGCCAGUUGAGGACCUGUGAGGCGCCUGUUUCUCAAACUAGACACUCUAAUGUAGUUGUCCUCUUGCUCAGUUGUGCACCGGGGGCUCCCACUCCUCUUUCUAUUCUGGUUAGAGCCAGUUUGCGCUGUUCUGUGAAGGGAGUAGUACACAGCGUUGUACGAGAUCUUCAGUUUCUUGGCAAUUUCUCGCAUAUAAAAGUCUUCAUUUCUCAGAACAAGAAUAGACAGACGAGUUUCAGAAGAAAGUUAUUUGUUUCUGGCCAUUUUGAGCCUGUAAUCGAACCCACAAUUGCUGAUGCUCCAGAUACUCAACUAGUCUCAAGAAGCCAGUUUUAUUGCUUCUUUAAUCAGCACAACAGUUUUCAGCUGAUCAAUUAGCCUUUUAAAAUGAUAAACUUGGAUUAGCAAACACAACGUGCCAUUGGAACACAGGACUGAUUGUUGCUGAUAAUGGGCCUCUGUACGCCUAUGUAGAUAUUCCAUUAAAAAUCAGCUGUUUCCAGCUACAAUAGCCAUUUCCAACAUUAACAAUGUCUACACUGUAUUUCUGAUCAAUUUGAUGUUAUUUUAAUGGACAAAAAAAUUGCUUUUCUUUCGAAAACAAGGACAUUUCUAAGUGACCCCAAACUUUUGAACGGUAGUGUAGCUGGUGUACACCACAAGGCUAUAAUGUACAUCUCUCUCUCGCUGUCAGGAGGAGAUGUCUAAGGUGGUGUCUCGCUCUGAGGAGCUGCAGAGGCAGAACAGCCUCCUCCAUGAACAGAUUCAGACCAUGAGCAGCAAGAUAGCCGCCACCCUGCAGCACCAGGCCAACGAGAGCCCUCUGAACAUCUCCCUCACUGAGCAGGGCAGGUCUCAGGACCAGGUCCUCGAGAUACUCAGGUAAUGGUCUCUCUCCCCCGCUCUUGAUCGGUCUGUCUCUUUGCAAAGCAAGAGCAAGUCUGCCAUUUAAAGCCAAUUUCAUGCAAUCACUACACUCCUACAACACCUUUUCUCUCAUCAUAUCCUCUGUCCCCUCCCUGUCGUGCUGCAGGUUUGUGCGCCGGGAGAAGGAGGUAGCGGAGUCACGGUUGGAGGUGGCCCAGGGAGAAAGUCGUCGCCACAGGCUGAGAGUGGAGCACCUGGAGAGAGAGCUGAGAGAACUACAGGAGAGCCUUAGUGCUGAGAGAGAAAGGAUGCAAGUGAGCUGGACACUAUGGACAGCCAAUGGUUUAUGGGGGGAUUUCCUGGACCCAGAUUAUUCCUAGACUAAAAAGCCCUUUCAAUGAAGAGUGGAAAAAACACCGAUUUUUGUUGUCCCCCAUGAUGAAAUCUGAUCUGUCACCACUGGGCCGAUUUUGACUAAACUUGGGUGAAUGAUGCGUAUUGCCAUAGAUCUGGCAUUUACUAAAUUUCUAAUUGGUCCAAGGGGAGCGCUGUAGUAAUGAACUGAAAUUCCAAACUUUGAACAAACAUAUCUCCUGUCCCGUUUGAGCUACAGUCAUGACAUUGUGUACAUAUAUGCAUCUCCUCAUGAGAAACAAGUUUCCCAUAAGUCUCUAUAACCUCCGCCCAUUCACAAAAGGUGAACAUUUUGAAAGUGUGUGAAGACGGGCACUGUAAUUCCAUGCAGAUACAGUUGACAAUUUAUAAUUGUCACUAAUUGGCCCAAGGGGGGCGCUGCAUCAUUGGUGGCAGCAGACAUGUUUACUGUUGCCUUGUUCAUGAAUGUUGAGGGUGUGGGUGAUGACAGAAAUGGCAGCUCAAUUGAUCAUGUCACCUAAAUGCUGCUUAUGACCUUUAACCCCUGACCCCAGGUGACAGCGAAGACCCUGGCUCAGCACGAUGAGCUGAUGAAGAAGACUGAGACCAUGAGUGUCCUGAUGGAGACCAACAAGAUGCUGAGGGAGGAGAAGGAGGGGAUGGAGCAGGAGCUGCAGCUGACACAGGCUAAAGUAAGACAGCAGGUUUACUUUCUCAGGGUUAAAGCACCAACCUUUGGAUUUGAUAUCAUAACCAAUAUUAAAAUUUUUCUCUCAACCUUCUGUGAAUUUGGUCCCAGUUUAGUUUUUAGGCCUGUUUUAGACUGAGGCCCAACUUUUUUUCUCUCUGUAUUGAUUGACAUAUAUUAAUCUAUGUUUCUCCCUCUCCCUCUGUCAGGUGCGUAAGCUGGAGUUGGACGUGAUGCCCAUGCACGAGUCCAACGCUGAGCUGAGUGAGAAGAGCGGCAUGCUGCAGGCAGAGAAGAGGAUUCUGGAAGAGGACAUCAAACGCUGGAAGGCCAGAACACAGGUUACUCUUCGACAGAAAAAAUAAUACCCCCCAAAAAACGCUGAAGCCUAGAGUAGACAUUCUCAAAGUAAUGAUACCAAGCUUGAACGAUGCCUUCCUUGUGACCCACAGCUUGUCAAAUGUCUGAAAGCCGGUCUAUUGAGUUUGGAUUUGAAACAUAAUCUGUUCUGUAUGUCCGCAUAGCACCUGGUGAGCCAGCAGAAGAACACAGACUCAGAGGAGUACAAGCGUCUCCACUUCGAGAAAGAGGCUCACCUCAAACGCAUCCAGCAACUCACUGAGGAGACAGGCAGGCUCAAGGCUGAGGUGGCCAGGUGAGAGUUAGCCUUGUCUAUAAUCCAAACUGAAAUCACUGUUUCACUAUUCUCUUAUUACUUGGUACCAACGACCGCUAGGAAGCUGAAUUACUUGAUACAAUAGACAAAUGGGCUCCGUCUCUUGUUGUCAAAUGGGAAAGCUCCACCCUCCCUCUUUUCCAUCAGCGUCUCAGGGGCGUGGUAAUCUCCUCAGGAGUGGAAUCAACAAUGGCAGUAGAAAUCGCUCUGCCAUUACCUGGUUGCAUUAUUAUUAUUUUUUAUGUUUGCCUAAUUUCAGUUUGUCAAAAGAAGUGUAGAAAAUCGUAUAAUCUAAACCGCUGUGAAAUAUAUUUUAAAUAACCCAAAAUAUCCUAUUUUUCAGAUGUUUGAAGCUGGUGUACAAAACUGAAAGUAUUAAGACUCAAAAGCGGGUCAGGGGACAGGGAGUAAAGCCAGGAAGGAGGGGGGGGAGAGAGUUGUUUGAAUUCAGGCUGUUGUUGUUGCAAUUCACCUAGUUCCACAAGGGGGCUGCAUUCUACAUGUAGAUCCUAAAUACCUGAUCUCCCUGUAGGAGUGGUGGGUUCGUGACGUCCCUGCAGAGCCAAGUGCAGAUGCUGCGUGAAGGCCUGGGGAAGGCGAGCUCUGAGCGGGAUGCUCUCAGGAGGGACGUAGAGGCCAAGAACCUGGACAUCCAGGAGAAGUUCUUCACCAUCACUCAGGUCAGGAAGAUCGGCCGCCGCUACAAGACCCAGUAUGAUGAGCUCAAGGUGGAGCACGACAAGGUGGGUUACUUGGUGAACCAGCUGGUGCCUUUUCUGGUUUCAUAGUGAUUUUUAAAAUUGUUUUUUUAUUGAUUGUCACAAAGUUGUUUCCUGAAACUCAUUAAACUAAUAAUAUCCCUACUCAUCUUGUCGCUAAAUAACAAAUGUGCUUGUCUGGAUGGGACCAUGUCGGACAACUCAAAAUGUCUAACCUGAUGUCCUUGAUUAAAUAGACGUUCUAUUGUGUGAAUUCUGCCAUGCUGUAUUGAGUGUUGAUGGACUGAUCUCCUCUCCAGAUGGUGGCAGAGGCAGCAUCCACACCAGCCCAGGAGCAGGAGGCCCAGCAGGCCUCAGUCCAGGAGCUCCAGGGUCUGAGAGACUCCCUGGGACAGGCUGAGACCCGGACUAGAGAACUGGAGGGACAGCUGGACAACCUCAACAAGGUCAGAGCAGUGUUUCCCCUACACCAGUGGUCACCAAUGUUUUCUGAGUAAAGAUCACUUUCUGAGUCAAAAUACCAGCCUAGAUCUACCGCUCAGAUUUUUUUUUAACAUGACAUAAACGUAAGCCUAUGCAACAUUUAACCAAUUAAAAACAGUUAUUUCUGUAGCAAUGACGUUUGUGCAGUGGGCUAUAGCCCCAACACAUCAUUAUCACUGCAUAUUGGCUAUGCUUGAAUUACCCUGCCAAUGUCCUUCUCAGACCAUCUUGACAUUAUAUUUAAAAAAUGUAAGUAUAUGAUCACACUGGUAAUAUAUAAUUUGUUGUAUUACAAAGUGUUGACAGUGCUGAAUAACAACUUAAAAAUGAACUUACUCAAAAACAGCAGAACUUUGCUGUAUUCGUUGAGUCUCUCUAUCGACUUUGAUGUGUGUUCAAGGCUUUUUUUUUUUUUUUUACAGUCUAUGGCUCGAGGAAACAGCAGACAGGGUGAUCUGAUUGGCUGCAGUAGGCCUAUAGGUGCACUUGAUUUGCUCUCAGGGCCUGCCGGGUAGGCAAAGUUCUACCUUCAGACACAUUAAAUGGUUCAAAAUAGGAACACUUUGCCUUCCCGGUGUUAGGGCUGCUGAAUCGAGUGCACCAACAGCGCGAAACAAAUAACAAAAAAAAGGAACACAAGGCUUUAUCGUUGGGUUUUUUACAGAAAUGUUUGGUGAACGCCUAGGAAUGCCUUGAAGAUCGACCGGUUGGUGACCACUGCCCUACACUAUUUUCCAGGCAACAUCCAGACCAAUACCUCACGAGGCUUCUUCUCUCUAAGAUGAGACCUAGAAACUGAGAUCUUUCGUUCUCAAAAUAAAGGUCUGGGCAUACUGCCAAAUUGCAGAUACUGAUAGUGAGGAUUUGUUCAGUCAGUCACUUGCAUGAACACAGAAAUUAGUUAGUACAAAAGCACAAACAUUAAACAUUUCCAGCACAUGCCUAACUCUUUUAGGCGGAGGGUUCAUGGGAUAAGCCAUUUUUCUACUUACCCAGAGUCUGAUGAACUCGUGGAUAGCAUUUUUAUGUCUCUGCCUGCAGUAUGCUAUUGAAUACUGCAUUGUUGGGAAAGAGCUUGUAAGUAAGCAUUUCACUGUACUGUUUUACACCUGCUGUAUCCUGUGCACAUGACAAAUAAAGUUUGAAAGUUGAAGGAAGUUAGUUUCGAGAGCCAAUGCUAACUAGCGUUAUUGCAUUGACUGGAAGUCUACAGGUACGCUAGCAUAUGCUACCAUACCUGUAGACUUCCACUAAACCAUGGUGUGUCCCUCUCAGGUGGUGGGUGAGCGUGAGGCAGAGGUGCGUGGGGCCGAGGAGCAGACCUCCGGGCUGCAGACAGAGCUGACCAGGUUGAGACAGGAGCUGCAGGAGAAGGCCUCCCAGGAGGACACCCUCAAACAGCAGAUGUCUGAGAAGGAGGAGAAGACCAGGAAAGCCUUAGUAGGGGCCAAGCAGAAGAUCAACCAGCUCAUGGGUAAGAGGCCAGGCCAGGCAACCUGACUGUGGCGCAAGCUUGUGUGUUGGUUUGAGUCAGGGUGAGCUUGGCAUAGAGGUAGAUGUGAAUGCUGAUCUCGCAGAUAUGUUUUGACUUGUCAUCUCAACCGUUUGCUGGUUGGCAGGGCAAAAAAUUAACAACCGCCAAAUGCGUGUAGAUUUAGGUAUUGACAGGUAACAAUGUCUAUAUCACCAGCCACGUUGGCGGGUGGUCAAUUUGCAGGGCUCUACAGUGCAAGCAUUACGUUUGCUUGCACUAAAAUACAUUUUAAAUGAAUUAAUUAGGCCCUAAUCUAUGGAUUUCACAUGACUGGGAAUACAGAUAUGCAUCUGUUGGUCACAAAUACCUUUAAAAAAAAAAAGUAGGGGCGUGGAUCAGAAAACCAGUCAGUAUCUGGUGUCACCACCAUUUGCCUCAUGCAGCACGACACAUCUCCUUCACAUAGAGUUGAUCAGGAUGUUUAUUGUGACCUGUGAAUGUUGUCCCACUCCUCUUCAAUGGCUGUGCGAAGUUGCUGGAUAUUGGAACGUGCUGUUGUACACGUCGGUCCAGAGCAUCCCAAAACAUGCUCAAUGGGUGAGAAUGCAGGCCAUGGAAGAACUGGAACAUUUUCAGCUUCCAGGAACUGUGUACAGAUCCUUGCGACGUGGGGCCGUGCAUUAUCAUGCUGAAACAUGAGGUGAUGGCGGUGGAUGAAUGGCAUGACAAUGGGCCUCAGGAUCUCGUCACGGUCUCUGUGCAUUCAAAUUGCCAUUGAUAAAAUGCUAUUGUGUUCGUUGUCCGUAGCUUAUGCUUGCCCAUACCAUAACCCCACCGCCACCAUGGGGCACUCUGUUCACAACGUUGACAACAGCAAACCGCUUGCCCACACGACGCCACACGCCAUCUGCCCAGUACAGUUGAAACUGGGAUUCAUCCGUGAAGAGCAGUCUUCUCCAGCGUGCCAGUGGCCAUCGAAGGUGAGCAUUUGUUCACUGAAGUCUAAUACGACGCUGAACUGCAGUCAGGUCAAGACCCUGGUGAGCAUGCAGAUGAGCUUUCCUGAGACGGUUUCAGACAGUUUGUGCAGAACUUCUUUGGUUUGCAAACCCACAGUUUCAUCAGCUGUCCGGGUGGCUGGUCUCCGACGAUCCCACAGGUGAAGAAGCCGGAUGUGGAGGUCCUGGGCUGGCGUGGUUACACAUGGUCUGCGGUAGUGAGGCCAGUUGGACAUACUGACAAAUUCUCUAAAACGACGUUGGAGGCGGCUUGUGGUAACAGCUCUGGUGGACAUUCCUGCAGUCAGCAUGCCAAUUGCACGCUCCCUCAACAUGAGACAUCUGUGGCAUUGUGUUGUGUGACACAAAUGCACAUUUUAGAGUGGCCUUUUAUUGUCCUCAGCACAAACACUUUACAUGUUGCGUUUAUUUUUGUUCAAUAUACAUUGUUUUGUUCACAAGCUUGGUUGUUUUUCAAUGUUCGUUUGAAUCUGCUGCUUCAACUGAUAGCGAAGAGAGACUGUAGACACUGUCUACUACCAGUCACAUCCCAAAUCUCAAACACAUACACGUGACAUGACUCGAGUGGCCCCGUUGGCACGGUAAUGUCCCGUCCUUAAAGGGGCAGCAGAACAUUGUCUCUUCUGAUAUUUUGGUUACAAAACUUUGGUCACAAAAUUAAAUGAAUGUACCAUUACUUAUUUUUUCUUUUUCAGAAACAAUGCAUGGUCUUUUUUAUUGAUGAAUUAUUAUUAUUAUGGCAAAAAUAUUUUGGCUGGUAAAAAGAAAUCCUGCCACAAUGGCUGGUGGACUAAAGUUAAUUUUAGGCCCGUCUGGGUGACAAAAACGUUUUGACCUUUCACCUCAUCCCAUCCUCUUCCCCAGGCUCCAAGGACCAACUGCAGAAGGAGAACGAGGAGCUGAAGCAACAGAAGGAGGAGCUGGAGGUCAGGGUCAGUGCUCUGAAGUCUCAGUACGAGGGCCGUCUGAGCCGCCAGGAGAGACACGGAGAGCAGAGGGACGAGGCUCCUGAACAGGGCCUCAGCAAGGUGAGAUGGAGGGCUUAAUGGAGGCAUAGAUUUCAAUAGAGCACUCUGCUUUCUACCACACAAGCCUGGAUUGCUAUUCAUUAUGGCCGUGGUGCGAAUAACACACUCUUCCACCUGUAGGCCCAGGAACAGCAGAGGACCACAGAGCAGAGAGGACCACUGAAGACCACCCCAGCUGCAGACAGGGGCAGGUAAAGUACACACACACACACUACUCCUGCACACCACGUGCAAUGAUGUUUGGUGUUGCAUUGCAACACCUGUUCACCUGUUGUAUUUCCCCUUCCCUAUAGCGCCAGUACCUCAGAGCCCCCCACUGCCAACAUCAAGCCCACCCCUCUGGCGGCCCAGGGCCAGAGCAAGCCCCCUGCCAACCCCGGGAACAAGUCCACCCCCCGGGCCAGCAUCCGGCCCAUGAUCACCCCCGCCACCGUGCCCACCCCCACUCCUACUGCUACCGUCAUGCCCACCACACAGGUGGAAAACCAGGAAGGUGAGGAGUUCUGUGGAGCUAAUAUCAUUGUCAAAUCAAAUAACAUUACAACAGGUGUAGAUGUUACCUUGAAAUUCUUACUUACGAGCCCUUUCCAAAUAAUGCAGAGUUAAAAAGUAAGAAGAUUUGGCAAAAAAGGAAAUGAUAACAUAAAUAAAAUGACAAUAACAAGACUAUAUACAAGGAGUACCGGUACCAAGUCAAUGUGCAUGGGUACAAGGUAAUUGAGGUAAUAUGUACAUGUAGGUAGUAGGGGUAAAAGUGAUGUGAAUGUUAUAGCAUAAUUAUUUGAGUAUUGGUCAUUUUAAAGUGCUAGAUGGCUCAGUCUGUAUUGUGGUUUGGUAGUUGAAGUGCACUUUAUUACUUGAAUCAGAUGAGAUCCAUGAGGGGGAAAACUAAUGCACAUUUCAGACAGAAGGAUAGAGAAUCAGACCGUAUCCAUGGUAUUUCCCUGUCUGACCCCCUGUUGACCCUCUGACCCCUCCAGCCAUGCAGUCUUCUGAGGGCCCGCUGGAGCAUGUGACCGUGUAUGGCAGUGCCAGCGGUUCAGUACGGUCAACCAGCCCCAACGUUCAGACCACCAGCCCAAUGCUGGCGGUCCAGCAGACCCAGACCACAGCCUUCGUCCAACCAACACAGCAACAGAGCCUGCCCCACACUGAACCAGCCAAUCAGGAGCAGGCCCUGGCCCCAGUCGUCAUUGAAGCUGCACCCAGCUCGCAAGUGGAGAGGCCAUCGACGUCCACAGCUGUGUUUGGGACAGGUAGGAGACGGGAUUGAAUCUAACCUGGGGUUUCUAUAGAUUUGGGGUAUAGUAGCUUUGUCUAACUAAGCUCAAGGGUUGGCAAUGUACUCACUGUAUUACCACUGGCCCUCUAAUAUUGAAUGAAAUAUGCAUAUCCACCAAGUGAAGUUAGAAAUGUGACUUGUCCAACCUUCCAGUUUCAGCCACCCCAGGGACAUCCUCUAUGUCCAAGAGACCUCGUGAGGAGGAGCAGGACACCUCUACGGUGACUGACACAGACACCCCCCAGGAGGACCCCUCUGAACCCCCCAUCCCCAAGAAGCUACGCAUCAUCCAGAGGGUCGACCCAGAGGAGCCAGAGGCCCAGGAGGUGGUGCUGGCUGAGGGCAGUACAGUGUUGGCCCCAGAGACCAGCCAGGUGAGACUGUGUGUGUACCCACCCUAUGUCUAGAGGCUGAUGGGAUGGUCUUUCUGGUUUGCGUGUAACCAUGUGUGUCUAUAUCAGCAGGUGGUGGUGGAGUACCCAGUACUAGAGGAGGCUGAUGCGGGGACAGCGUCUCAGUCUGUCCCCGUAGUGCUACUCCUGUCCCAGCCCACAGAGGUCACAUUCUCAUACGACUCCCCCGAUGAAUCCCCUCAGCACGACGUCAUCGUCAUAGUGACUGACUCGGAGAGCGAGGAUGAACAGGAGGAUGAGGAGGAAGAGGAACAGGUAUGGACUGAGGGAAAUAUUUUAGGGGCCAGACACUUUACUCCCUCAAGUCCUAGCAGAAAUGUUGAAGAUGAAAAAUCUUGCCUAAAAUUAUUUUAGAAAUGUCAAAUUUACAUUUUAUUAAUUUAGCAGACGCUCUUAUCCAGCGCGAUUUACUGUAGUGAGUACAUACAUUUCAUAUUUUUCUAAACUUUUUUUUGUACUGGUCCUCCGUGGGAAUUGAACCCGCAACCCUGCCGUUUCAAGCGCCAUGCUCUACCAACUGAGCCAAACUCAAUUAGAAAGGAUGAAAAGGUUGAUGUGAAGCCCAUACUCAUAAAGAUGUUAAUUUCAACAUUGACAGUGCUGGAUUAUGAGACCUUUUGGUAACACUUUACUUGACACCCAGCCUCAUAACAUGGUCAUAACCAUGUCAUGUCAUAACAGCGGACAUAACUGGUCAUAACCAUGUCAUAACAGCGGACAUAACUGGUCAUAACCAUGUCAUAACAGCGGACAUAACUGGUCAUAACCAUGUCAUAACAGCGGACAUAACUGGUCAUAACCAUGUCAUAUGUCAUAACAGUGGACAUAACUGGUCAUAACACUGUCAUGACACAUAUUUAGACCUGUUGUGACAUAUAUUGCGUUAUUUGAUGGCUGCUUAUGACAGAGUGUAAAAACCCACAAAACCUACCACCCAAUGAAAAACAUUCCAUUACACCAUAGCCUAUGUGUUAUCAGUAUGUUUAUGUUGUAUAACAUAUAUAUUUUUUGGACCAAUUGUAAUUGCGUACACAUUGAUGUCAGACAUGCACCUACCCCAAUGCUCUGUUGCUGAUGACUGAGAUGAAUGCAGGACCAGAUUUCAGGAGCAGGUCAAGACGUCCUAUUUUCUACUGAUACAGUAUAAGGACAUGUUCGUGAUGGGCCUAUCUGAUUAUGAUGGUCAUAAUGCUUCUUGACAGUGUCGUAAAGUGUAUUUUCUUAGUCCAAGUAAAGUGACACAGGAUGGUCAUAAUGAUUCAUGACAGUGUCAAAGUGUAUUUUCAACAAGUUAUUUAAAUGUAUGAUGAAAAAACAUGACUGUAAAACUUAUUGGCAGGGAAAAAAACUAAUUUGAAUAAAUGUGGGUUUUGACACUUAUGUAGGUGUCAUAACUAGCCAUAAAAUAAAGCAAUAUACGUCACAACUGAUGUAAAUAUAUGGGUCAUGACAGUGUUAUGACACUGGGUGUCAAGUGUUACCGACCUUUUAUACCUGCCUCUGUAGGACUAUGAUGAAGAUGACGAGGAAGAUGAGGAGGAUGAAGAGAUGGGAGAUGAGGGAGAGGAGAGCAACGAAGGUAGCGGAGAUGGCAAUGAGGCAUUCGAAGGCGACUACAGAGAAGUAAAAUCAACACACACACUGUUACUAACCUAACUAGAUCAUUUCCAGUAUGUUUUGUAAUCCCACCCUCUAAUUCUUUCCACUCUCACUCCUACCUUGGAUGUUACAGCCAGCCAGCAUGUUUUCCUGUGUGACCAAACAGUGUCUCAGCAGUGCUCUUGCUUCACUCUGCUACCUCAUGUCUGUGUUGUGAUCUUGUGGCGGUGUGUGUGGGAGGGAGGUGUUGGGGGGAACUGGAGGAUUUGCAGGGGAGAGGGGUGGGUGCUUUGUGGUCAGGGUAGGAGUGCAGAAGAAAGUGGGGCAGGGAACACAGUCUCUGCCUAGCUAGCUGUAAAGUUACAAGACCUCUAAGGGAACGCCUGUACAAGGGAAAUAAAUAAUGAUCAGAAUGUGUUGCUGACCGCACCAACACUGCCGGGCAGUAGGUAGUGCGUGGGAACCAUCCUGUAACCACCUCCUUCCACCCUCUUUCCUCUUCUUUUCUGUCUCUCUCCCACUGUGUGUGUCCCUCCUCCCUCAAAGGGUGCUGAUGUGACAGACCCAGGCACGGAGACGGAGGAGGGUCUAGGAGCAUCGGACUCCACUCAGCGCCCGGCCGACUCCCAGACACACAGCUGUAAGAUGAUGGAAACUCUGUCACACACUGUUGUCUCGACAGUCACAUAUGACAUAUGCCUGUAUUCAGACCCCUUUUUCCACAUUUGUUACAUUACAGCCUUUUUCUAAAAUGGAUUAAAUAGUUUUUUUCCCUCAUCAAUCUAGACACAAUACCCCAUAAUGACAAAGCAAAAACAGGUUUUUAGAAAUUGUUGCAAAAAUACACUGCUCAAAAAAAUAAAGGGAACACUUAAACAACACAAUGCAACUCCAAGUCAAUCACACUUCUGUGAAAUCAAACUGUCCACUUAGGAAGCAACACUGAUUGACAAUACAUUUCACAUGCUGUUGUGCAAAUGGAAUAGACAACAGGUGGAAAUUAUAGGCAAUUAGCAAGACGCCCCCAAUAAAGGACUGGUUUUGCAGGUCGUGACCACUGACCACUUCUCAGUUCCUAUGCUUCCUGGCUGAUGUUUUGGUCACUUUUGAAUGCUGGCGGUGCUUUCACUCUAGUGGUAGCAUGAGACGAAGUCUACAACCCACACAAGUGGCUCAGGUAGUGCAGCUCAUCCAGGAUGUCACAUCAAUGCGAGCUGUGGCAAGAAGGUUUGCUGUGUCUGUCAGCGUAGUGUCCAGAGCAUGGAGGCGCUACCAGGAGACAGGCCAGUACAUCAGGAGAUGUGGAGGAGGCCGUAGGAGGGCAACAACCCAGCAGCAGGACUGCUACCUCCGCCUUUGUGCAAGGAGGAGCAGGAGGAGCACUGCCAGAGCCCUGCAAAAUGACCUCCAGCAGGCCACAAAUGUGCAUGUGUCUGUUUCUGACCGUUUGAGCAGACUCCAUGAGGGUGGUAUGAGGGCCCGACGUCCACAGGUGGGGGUUGUGCUUACAGCCCAACACCGUGCAGGACGUUUGGCAUUUGCCAGAGAACACCAAGAUUGGCAAAUUCGCCACUGGCGCCCUGUGCUCUUCAUAGAUGAAAGCAGGUUCACACUGAGCACGUGACAGACGUGACAGAGUCUGGAGACGCCGUGGAGAACGUUCUGUUGCCUGCAACAUCCUCCAGCAUGACCGGUUUGGCGGUGGGUCAGUCAUGGUGUGGGGUGCAUUUCUUUGGGGGGCCGCACAGCCCUCCAUGUGCUCGCCAGAGGUAGCCUGACUGCCAUUAGGUACCGAGAUGAGAUCCUCAGACCCCUUGUGAGACCAUAUGCUGGUGCGGUUGGCCCUGGGUUCCUCCUAAUGCAAGACAAUGCUAGACCUCAUGUGGCUGGAGUGUGUCAGCAGUUCCUGCAAGAGGAAGGCAUUGAUGCUAUGGACUGGCCCGCCCGUUUCCCAGACCUGAAUCCAAUUGAGCACAUCUGGGACAUCAUGUCUCGCUCCAUCCACCAACGCCACGUUGCACCACCGACUGUCCAGGAGUUGGCGGAUGCUUUAGUCCAGGUCUGGGAGGAGAUCCCUCAGGAGACCAUCCGCCACCUCAUCAGGAGCAUGCCCAGGCGUUGUAGGGAGGUCAUACAGGCACGUGGAGGCCACACACACUACUGAGCCUAAUUUUGACUUGUUUUAAGGACAUUACAUCAAAGUUGGAUCAGCCUGUAGUGUGGUUUUCCACUUUAAUUUUGAGGGUGACUCCAAAUCCAGACCUCCAUGGGUUGAUAAAUUUGAUUUCCAUUGAUAAUUUUUGUGUGAUUUUGUUGUCAGCACAUUCAACUAUGUAAAUAAAAAAGUAUUUAAUAAGAUUAUUUCAUUCAUUCAGAUCUAGGAUGUGUUAUUUUAGUGUUCCCUUAAUUUUUUUGAGCAGUGUAUAAAAAAUAUCAAACUGAAAGAAAACAUUUACAUAACUAUUCAGACCCUUUACUCACUACUUUGUUGAAGCACCUUUGACAGCGAUUACAGCCUCGAGUCUUCUUUGGUAUGACGCUACAAGCUUGGCACACCUGUAUUUGGGGAGUUUCUCCCAUUUUAUUCUCUGUAGAUCCUCUCAAGCUCUGUUAGGUUGGAUGGGGAGUGUCGCUGCACAGCUAUUUUCAGGUCUCUCCAGAGAUGUUCGAUCGGGUUCGAGUCCGGGCUCUGGCUGGGCUACUCAAGGACAUUCAGAGACUUGUCCUGAAUCCACUCCUGCAUUGUCUUGGCUGUGUGCUUAGGGUCGUUGUCCUGUUGGAAGGUGAACCUUUGUCCCAGUCGGAGGUCCUGAGCGCUCUGGAGCAGGUUUUCAUUAAGGAUCUCUCUGUCCCUCGAUCCUGACCUGUCUCCCAGUCCCUGCCGCUGAAAAACAUCCCCACAGCAUGAUGCUGCCACCACCAUGCUUCACCGUAGGGAUGGUGCCAGGUUUCCUCCAGACGUGAUGCUUGGCGUUCAGGCCAAAGAGUUCAAUCUUGGUUUCAUCAGACCAGAGAAUCUUGUUUCUCAUGGUCUGAGUCCUUUAGGUACCUUUUGGCAAACUUCAAGCGGGCUGUCAUGUACCUUUUAUUGAGGAGUGGCUUCCGUCUGGCCACUCUACCAUAAAGGCUUGGUUGGUGGAGUGCUGCAGAGAUGGUUGUCCUUCUGGAAGGUUCUCCCAUCUCUACAGAGGAGCUCUGUCAGAGUGACCAUUGGGUUCUUGGUCACUUCUCUGACCAAGGCCCUUCUCCCCAGAUUGCUCAGUUUGGCUGGGCGGCCAGCUCUAGGAAGAGUCUUGGUGGUUCCAAACUUCUUCAAUUUUUAAGAAUGAUGGAGGCCACUGUGUUCUUAGGGACCUUCAAUACUGCAGACAUUUUUUGGUACCCUUCCCCAGAUCUGUGCCUCGACACAAUCCUGUCUCUGAGCUCUACGGACAAUUCCUUCGAUCAUGGCUUGGUUUUUGCUUUGACAAGCACUGUCAACUGUAAGACCUUAUAUAGACAGGUGUGUGUCUUUCCAAAUCAUGUCGAAUCAAUUGAAUUUACUAAGGUGGACUCCAAUCAAGUUGUAGAAACAUCUCAAGGAUGAUCAAUGGAAACCGGAUUCACCUGGGCUCAAUUUCGAGUCUAAUAGCAAAGGGUCUGAAUACUAAUGUAAAUAAGGUAUUUCUGUUUUUUAGUUUUAAUAAAUGUGCACAUAUUUCUAAAAACCUGUUUUCACUGUCAUUAUGGGGUAUUGUGUGUAGAUUGAUGAGGGAAACAUUUAAUUUCAUCCAUUUUAGAAUGAGGCUGUAACGUUACAAAAUGUGGAAUUGUCAAGGGGUCUGAAUACUUUCCGAAUGUACUGUAUGUUAGUGUCUGUCCGGAUUGAGAGUAAUACAUUUGAGUCAAUCAGUUGGUAGACUAACCAAGUCAGUAGAUUCACCAUAUCGUAAACUCAUACAGACAUGAGCCUAUUUUACAAUAUUACAGCGUUGUCUGUUGGUUUAUUAUGAUUUUGAUGUAAAGGAGAACUCUCUGUCAAACUAAACCACUGUCUCCCCUCUCCUGUUUUGUCAGUCGAGGGCAGCAGCAGUAUGGAAGCCUUCUCCAGUGAACCAACCAGCUCUGCUCCCGGAAUGCCCUGGUCACCACGGAGGGCACCCCACCUGCUGCCCCCCCGGCUCAACAUGACCCAGGAACUGGGCCCCCCCGCUCAGGUACAGGUCUGUGCUUAUGACUCAAUAUAACCAUCUAAACUGUAUCUCUGUGUGUAAAACAUUUUUACAUUUUAGUCAUUUAGCAGACGCUCUUAUCCAGAGUGACUUACAAAUUGGACAGUUGUAUUGCUGUUUGUGUUAUGGUUACAUUUGUGCAGUAUCAGGUUGUGGUAACCAGUAGUGUGUGUGUGUCUUACUGCGCCCCAUGCGUCGCCAGUCUGUAGGCCGAGUCCCUCAGCUCAACCCUGGGAUGGCCAUCAGCGGAGUAAGUGACACCCUUGCAUCUUAAAGGGAUAUAGUGUGAGAUUUUUCAACCCAGUCAGAUGAACCCAUGAAUACUAUUUUUGUCUCUGCGUGCAGUUUUGAAGGAAGUUGAAGGUCGUUUUGCGAGCCAUUGCUAACUAGCGUUAGCGCAAUGACGAAGUCUAUGGGAACAGAUUGCAUGCUAGCUAUUCCCAUAGACUUUCGGUCAUUGCGCUAACGAUAGUUAGCAACUUCCUUCAAACUGCAAGCAGAGACAAAGAAAUGGUAUCCAUGAGUUCAUCUGACUCUGGGGAAGUAGAAAAGGGGCUUAAUUGCCAAAAUCUCGCACUAUCCCUUUAAACUAUCUUAUGUGUUGUGUUUUGUUGUCAGUGUCUGUAUAAAAUGAUCUCCUUCCCUCCUGCAGCAGCACUACUGUGACGAUGACGACAGGAUGGUGCCACACCGCUCUGACGGCUUUGCAGAAGCUAUCCAGUGAGUAACACACACAUACUUAAACACACCAAAAUCAGCAGCUAAACACCGCUAGUGAAGUUCCCAUAGCUGACCCCAUAGUACUAAUCUCUCUCUGUGGUCCAGUUCUCCCCAGGUGGCUGGUGUUCCUCGGUUCAGGUUCGGCACCCCAGAGGACCUGAUGUCCCAGACCACCUCCUCCCACUCUGACCUGGGACAGCUGGCAUCACAAGGAGGUACUGGACUGUACACAGGCACACCUCAUCCCUUUUCUUUUUCUCCAUACCCUACCAUACCCUUUUUUUUCUCAGAGACCUUUGAUUUGAAGAGAUCUUACUUUUGCCAUGUCUAUAUCUCUGUAUCUCAAUCUCUCAUUAGUGAAGUCAAAAUUAUUUGUUUAUUGUAGGUUUGGUUCUAAAGUGUAUCUGUGUAUGUAGGUCUGGGGAUGUAUGAUAGUCCUCUGUUCCUGCCAGGUCAUGAGGAUGAGUCUGGGGGUCGCAGUGUUCCCACCACACCCCUGCAGGUGGCUGCCCCAGGUAUGGUUCACACACAUUCUCUUUCAACUAUCUCGACUUGAGACAAUUUGAGAAUUGUGACGUGUAUCAGGCUAUUACGUUUCAUUAUUGGUAAUAAUAUUUUAACACUCCAGAAUUCACUAUCUCCCGCCAGUGUCCAUAUUCGCAGAGGGCCUGCCCUCUGACGGCACUGAACACUCCUCCCAGUCUGUUCCCAUGGUAACCACCUCUACCCCGGGCCUGGCGGUGGCCGGAGGACCCAGUCCUGGGGACGAGAGGGAUGAUGUCUUCAUGGAGCCUGAGGGAGACCGGUGAGACCAACAUGCUUGAAAUUGAUCAAAAGUAAAGCUAGCUGAACUUGAACCACAGCAGUAGUUAAUGGUGUGAUCCUCCAUAGUGAAUGACUAACCUGUGUUGUGUAUGUGUCCAGUGUGGAGGUGUCUCUGGAGCCUGUGGCGUCUCAGGCAGGGGAGAUGGAGGUACCUGCCCAGCCCUCAGAUGACGUAAGCCUGCCUUCUACCAGUAAGGAACCCUCCUCCAGCUAUGCAGGUACUGACCCCUACAUUAUAACCCCUACCCAUGCUCCAACCUUAUAUCAAACUAUAAAUAGGUGGAAUUUACAUUCUAGUGAGAUUUCAGUCAAUUUGACAGGCUUAAUACUGUUUUUAUAGGAGCUUGGUUCCGACCACCUUGGAAUGAAUAUUUAACGGAAGGGUCCAUUGUCUUUCUGACUAGUAGGCCAGAUUGCUUUCUCAUUUGGCUGUAGUAGCACCCAGUGUUGGAAUGAGCCGUGUAACUGUGCCCCUUCUCUCACCCUCUCUACCUUAGACACUAGUAGCACUCAGCCCAAACCCUCUAGACCAGGACCCAGCCGACAGCUCCAACGCUGGACAGAGAACCGUAUGAGGAGAGGUGAGAUAAAACACAAACACACUUAUACUGUACACAGCUCUUAAUAGCACAUAAAAACCAUGUCCAGAUCCAUUGUUGAUGUUGAAGCAAUUUUAAGUCAGAAGAUAAAACAUUUAAUGUAAAAUUGUUACAUUAGCAUUGUCUUUGCAUUAUACAUUAUAUAGAAUGUGAUUGUUUUUACAUUGGUAAAGCAGACCUUUGUCUCAUCAGUAUGUGUCUUUUGAUGGGAAACAGGUACAUUGCCAUCACGGGGUGUAACUGGGACUGGGAGGAGAUUCGCCAGAUAA